AUGGACAGGUCUUCUGACCAACAACAUCAGCAGCAGUUGUCUUUGGGAAAGAAUGGUAGACAGAGAUACAAUGAAUGGAUUUUCCGCGAUGUACCGAGUGACAUAACUAUAGAAGUUUGUGGAGUAACAUUUUCAUUACACAAGUUUCCUCUCGUUUCUCGAAGUGGUAGAAUUCGAAGAUUAGUUGCAGAACACCGAGAUUCUGAUAUCUCAAGAGUUGAGCUUCUUAAUCUACCAGGAGGGGCUGAAUGCUUUGAAUUGGCUGCCAAAUUCUGUUACGGUAUUAACUUCGAGAUCACAUCCACAAAUGUUGCACAGCUCUGUUGUGUCUCCGACUACCUCGAAAUGACCGAUGAUUUCUCAAAAGACAAUCUUGGUUCGAGAGCCGAGGAAUAUCUCGAUUGUAUUGUCUGCAAGAAUCUUGAAAUGUGUGUUGAAGUCUUGCAACAAUGCGAAAGUUUAAUUCCUCUCGCGGACGAGCUCAAAAUAGUUAUGCGUUGCAUUGACGCGAUAGCUUCAAAAACUUGCGCCGAACAAAUUGCUUCUAGUUUCUCGAGAUUAGAGUAUAGCAGCUCGGGUAGGCUGCACAUGAGCAGGCAAGCCAAAUGUGGUGGUGAUUGGUGGAUAGAAGAUAUUUCGGUUUUAAGGAUCGACAUGUAUCAACGAGUCAUAACAGCCAUGAAGUGUCGUGGCGUUCGGCCAGAAAGUAUCGGUGCUUCCCUUGUGAACUACGCAGAGAAAGAAUUGACAAAGAAACCGGCUCCCUGGAAUCAAUCUAGCCAGAGUAAAACCGAAUCAAAUUCAACUUUGCAUGAAAAGCUCGUCGUUGAGACUAUUGUAAGCCUUUUGCCAGUUGAGAAACUUGUUGUUCCGAUUCAUUUCCUUUUCGGGCUUCUGCGAAGCGCGGUGAUGCUUGAUUGCGCGAUUUCCUCUAGACUUGACUUGGAAAGAAGGAUUGGAUCGCAGUUGGAUCAAUCAACGCUCGAUGAUAUUUUGAUUCCGUCUUUCAAGCAUUCGGGUGAUACCUUAUUUGAUGUUGACACAGUUCAUAGACUUCUAGUUAACUUCAGUCAGCAGGAUGAUAGUGAUGAUGAUCUAGAAGAUGGUUCUCUUUUCGAAUCCGAUAGCCCUCGUUCGCCCUCGCAAACUUCGUUAGUCAAGGUGUCGAAAUUAGUCGACAACUACCUCGCUGAAAUUGCACCUGAUGCAAACUUGAAGCUUUCUAAGUUUUUGGUCAUUGCAGAAACAUUGCCAGCACAUGCGCGUACCGUUCAUGACGGCUUAUAUCGAGCUAUCGAUAUUUACUUAAAAGCUCAUCAAGGUUUAUCAGACUUGGACAAGAAGAAACUAUGCAAACUAAUCGAUUUUCAAAAGCUUACUCAAGAAGCUGGAGCGCACGCGGCGCAAAACGAGCGUCUUCCUCUACAAUCAAUAGUGCAAGUUCUAUAUUUCGAACAACUAAAGCUAAGAAAUUCAUUGUCCACCACCAACGGGGACGAUGACAUCAAGCCAAUGCACGCGUCGUGGCGCAUAAGUAGCGGUGCACUAAGUGCGGCAAUGUCUCCACGCGAUAACUACGCAUCAUUGAGGCGUGAGAAUCGUGAGUUAAAACUCGAAUUGGCUCGACUAAGAAUGAGACUAAAUGAUCUAGAGAGGGAGCAUGUUUGCAUGAAGAGGGACAUGGCAAAAUCAGGGUCGCGUAAAUUUAUGAGUUCUUUUUCGAAAAAAAUUAGUAGGCUUAGUCUCUUUGGACAUAGUUCUUCUAGAGAAACAAGUUCUCCAUCUAGGAAUUCUCAUAGAACAGAUUCAAAGGUGAUUGAGAGAACUUGUGCUAGCACAGAAUAG